CCGCAGCAACCGCAGCCACAGGACGUAAUGGAGACAAAAACGAAAAGCGCAUACUCUUUGGGCUCGAUAUCGCGGGCCUGAGCACACCCUCCGGGGUUUGUCUUUGAGCCAGACAGGUCAAUGCUCACUCAGCGACUUUUUCACAGAGUACACGGCCAGCGAUAUCAACAUUCCAGCGUGCUGCACUAAGUGCAUGGUGCCGCGGUUGCUUUUGGUCAGCUUGAGUUGGCAGGAGAAGCAUAGAUCGUUUGCGAAAGCGAGUGGAUGUCAGCCCGUCAUUUGGGUUCCACUUCCGGUCGCUCCCUCAAGACCAAAGCAACCUACGGUUAUCAACACCUUUCUCUUCUUAACUGCUCCCUGACUCUUAACUCUCUCUCUCUUUCAUCCCACCCCCUCCUUCCUUACUUCCUCUUCUCACUCUCUCCUCCCCUUCUUUACGGGUUUCUCAGGUCCGGAGUGGUUUUCAAGAUGCCUCUCGGAAUUCACAAUCCGCUCCCUUCAUCUCUGUCAAGCGAAUGCAAAAAGGUUGGGAAAAUUCUUACGUCCUUCGUGGAUCCCCGACAAGCAUUUGGACCUGAUAAGGUCAUUCCUCCCGAAAUUCUAGCAGGCGCUAAAGGUCUCGCCAUUCUUACUGUCCUGAAAGCCGGCUUCCUGGGCUCCGCUCGCUUCGGUUCGGGGGUUGUUGUAGCCCGCCUCGCAGAUGGCUCUUGGUCGGCUCCGUCGGCCAUUGCGACAGCAGGUGCCGGAUUCGGGGGCCAGAUAGGGUUUGAGUUGACCGACUUCGUUUUUAUCUUGAAUGAUGCGGCUGCUGUGCGCACGUUUUCUCAAGCGGGAACCUUGACACUGGGUGGUAACGUUUCGAUUGCCGCUGGACCGAUCGGACGCAACGCCGAGGCCGCAGGCGCUGCAAGUACGAAGGGUGUCGCGGCGGUGUUCUCAUACUCCAAGACCAAGGGUCUCUUUGCCGGCGUGAGUCUGGAGGGAAGUAUGUUGGUGGAGCGCAAGGAUGCGAACGAGAAGAUGUACAACAGUCGAGUGUCGGCCCGCCAGCUACUGAGCGGAACCAUUCGGCCUCCUCCUGCCGCUGAUCCUCUUCUACGUAUCUUGAACUCGCGCGCUUUCUAUGGCAACUCGAGACAAGGAGAUACUAUGUAUAACGAUAUUCCUGUCUAUGAUGAUAGCCAUGAUGAUGUGGUAUGGGAGGGUCGACGAGGCGAUGCCUAUGGAGAAGGUCUUCGGCGUGACCGGACUGGAGUGAACGGCAACGACGACUAUGAGUACCGAGAUCGUCCUCGUCGUGCGAACACGUGGGCCGAUGAUAUCUAUGACCGACCCGCGGGAGGUCUGAAUCGGUCAUCAACGACUCGCAACAGCAGCCGCCCGGAUACCUACGAGUCUUUCAACCGCAGCCGUAGCAACACCGCCCCUAUUGAUGAAGACUAUGUGUAUUCCGACCGCAAACCCAGCCGUCCAACAGCCCCGAAGCCGAUUUUUGGGCAGAGGACAGGGGCUGCCCCUACACUCCGUCAGGACCAGGCAGUUGCGCUGUACACAUUCGAUGCUGAUCAAGAAGGCGACCUGGGUUUCAAGAAAGGCGAUAUCAUCACCAUCCUCAAGCGGACUGACAAGGCAGAGGACUGGUGGACGGGGCGAAUUGGAGACCGAGUUGGAAUCUGCCAUGCGUAGUAAUUAUGUUGACCCUGCUUAAAACCUUGAUUCCCCUGUUUUAGUUUAUGCGAAAUGACAUUUUUAUGACAUCCCUGUUUCUGUCUUUCCCUCAAUGCCUUCCAGAAUACUCGUCCUCUUUGACCUUUCAGUUUCGCAUUGGCGAUUUUUCUCUCUUGCAAAUAUGUCAGCUCUGCAAUUCCAAGGGUCCGCUUUUGGCAUUUCGUAUCAGCACCGGAGUUCAAAUUGAGUUGACCAGUGAGCGCAGGUUUUGCUUGCACGAAUAGGGGAUGAGCCAGGUAUUCACAUUUGUGGGUUGUGGUUCCGACUGGGCUGUCCUUCGGGUGCGUGUGUUCGUGAUUGUGCUUAGGUACUGCUUCCAAUUUAUACAUAAGAUGUUCUCUUUCAGUAUGGUAUUAGCCGGCAGACUUG